CGACCGACCGUGACCGUCAGUCUUCCGCCAUACACUCCCUCUACUUCGACCUCCCAACCCGUCAGGCUUACUCGUCCUCCAUCCCAUCUCUCUUCGCUCUUUUUGCUGUAUUACUACCGCUCCCGAACCUGCUGCUCCAGGCUUCCCGGGGCGCAGCGUAUAGAGUAUACGUGCGCCGACGAGACAUAUUGUUUCGCUUGGUACCUCUACGACUAGAUUAUAGAGGGAGCAGCCGCCGACGGAUCCAUCACCCUGUACAACAAAAGUGUAUCGAUUAGCAACUGUAAAGCCGAGAUAAUCAUGGACGAGUUCUACCGCCCCCAGCCCCAGCGAGGCGAAUCGCAAAUGGCGCCCUCCUUUGUCAACAGGAGUGGUCCCUCCCUACCGCGCCGAUUCACCGCAGAAUCGGGCCAUGUACCAACACUGUCAUCCUUUAUACCUGGUUCCCAGCGCCCACCCGAGCCCAUCGAGUUUGCUGCUACUCCUGCUGCGACUCUCCACAAGGUUCAGCUGUUAGAAAAGAAGAGACAGGAAUACGAACGAAUCCGAGAGAGCAAGCGGCGGUUCGAAGCCGAGCUCUCUAAACUAGACGCUCAGCAGCGUCAGGAAGAGCGUGAACUCGCACAGAUGGCAGAGGAUCUGCAGAUAGGCAGAUUCGCCGGCCACCAGUCCGAGCCGACCACACCCCCCGAGUAUCGCGAUGCCUCAAGAGGCUUUCCCUCCAUGUUUUCCCGCCCGAACCGGCACUCGACCGGCCUCGUCAACCGUGGAACCCGCUCCUUGCUCACAUCUCCGCCGUCGGGGAUGCUGCCCAUGCGGCUAGCCUUUGAUGACCAACUGCCGACACGCUCAGGUCCAGGCUCACGAAGGAACAGUGACGAAGAUGAGAAGGAAGAGGCUGUACGCCAGGAUCCCACCAGCCAUCGGUCCACCAAAGCUACGAACCGCUACUCUAUGCCUGUGACCCGAUCCCGUACCUCGUACGAUAUCGGUCUCGAAGACAGCAACAACACAGCCGGAUUUCUUUUCGACGACGAAGAAGAUAACUCGGGAGAGGGCAGAGCGACUCCCACCGGGCAAGUAAGCAACGCAGACGCUUUCCCUACAUUGUUUAGACAGCAGGGAUAUUCCAAUAGGCUGUCUGCUUCUUCAGCAUUAGACGUUGUUUUAGGCCAGUCUUUCGGCCUUGAUAGUGUUGGCGCAAGCGGCUGGAACAGCAUUAACAAGCAUCGUUCACAGCAUAGCAUGUCUGCUAUCGGUUCUGGACAGGCAAGCGGAACAGGCUCAGUGGCUUCGCCUGAGCUGACUCCCAUCGGCACUCAGCCCGCAAACGUUCGCCAUUCUCUGGACGGUACGAAGCUCUUCCAGGAGAGCGCGAUCGGCUCUGCUGACGCAACCCCGAGUUCCGUUAUGUCGCCUGCUAUCAGCAACAUCCUGGCCAGCCCCCCAAAGCUCCAGCAAUCGUUUUCCGCCAACGACGUCCCGGUCCUCAAGUCUGCGAACGGCCAGUCUAACAACAACCACGCCCAGCAGCACUUUCAUAACCACAACGCCGGCCUUGGCCGUAUCCCAGCUGGUGCCAUGGCCGCGCGCCAUACACGUGAGCUUUCUGGUGAUACCGGUUUGACGAACAGCCGUGAUAACGGCGGCUACCCUUCAAUCACUUCGACUUUGCACGCUAAUGCUGCACCAUUCGGACCUGUCGCUCCUCAGCAGCAGACCUCUGCUGCAGUCAACACAGGCUUGACCUCGACGGCACCAGCGAUGCCCUAUUCCUACUACCCGCCGGGCCCCAACUAUGCCCCUCCUGGCAACAACGCUGGAUACGGAAACCUCCCCAUGAUGAUGCAGAACAUGUCCGUUGGCAACAACAACAACCCGGCAGCCGUGUAUGCCCCUCAAAACUAUACGGGAUACGGCGCAUUGUACAACACCGGUAGCAGCCCUAGACAGCCCCAGGAUAGCCAAGCCCGUGUUAUUCAGAGCCGGCGCGCCAUGGACGGUGAAGCCAUGUCUCGUUUCAACAAUCUGCCUCUGGAGCAGGUUGUCGGCACCAUUUACACGCUAUGCAAGGAUCAGCAUGGUUGCCGCUACCUACAGAAGAAGUUGGACGAUCGUAACGAGGAACAAAUUCACAUGAUUUGGCUCGAGACGAACCAACAUGUGAUCGAGCUGAUGACGGAUCCUUUUGGCAACUACCUCUGCCAGAAGCUGCUCGAGCUCUGCAGCGAAGACGAACGCACUGUUCUCAUUCGAAAUGCAACAUCAGAUAUGGUCCGCAUCGCUUUGAAUGCCCACGGCACUCGAGCGCUGCAGAAGAUGAUCGAUUCCGUCAGCUCACCGGCUCAAAUCAACCUCAUCAUCGAAGCGCUUCGCAACCGCGUUGUUGAGCUCAUUCAAGAUCUCAACGGUAACCACGUCAUUCAAAAAUGUUUGAACAAGCUCAAUGCCACCGAUGCCAGCUUUAUCUUCGAUGCUGUUGGACAAAACUGCGUUGAAGUUGGCACCCAUCGCCAUGGCUGCUGUGUUCUUCAACGUUGCAUUGAUCACGCCGAUGGGGCCAAGAAGAUUUGGCUUAUUGAGCGUAUCACAGCCAACGCCGUUACCCUUGUCCAGGACCCCUUUGGCAACUACGUGGUUCAGUACAUCAUUGAUCUGAACGAGCCGAGCUUUACCGAGCCCCUCGUUGGCCAGUUCCUCGGUCGGAUUCCACAGCUGUCGAAGCACAAGUUCAGUUCCAAUGUGGUCGAGAAGUGCCUGCGUUGUGCUUCUCCUAAUUCCAAGGACAGGAUCGUCAGCGAAAUCAUGUCACAGAAUGAGAUCAAACAGCUCAUGCAGGACUCCUAUGGCAACUACGUUGUUCAGACGGCACUGGACUAUGCUACCCCGUCCAUGAAGCACCAGCUUGUUGAGGCUAUUCGUCCUCAUUUGCCUGCUGUCCGCGCGACACCUUACGGCCGACGCAUCCAGGCCAAGAUUCAGACUUACGACAACCAGACCCAGAGCGGUACGAGCACUAGUGGUCAAGCGACUCCUGCUGAUCCGGCAGGUGGCCAGAUUUCCCUUCGUCCCGCGCAGCACAACCGUGCCAUGUCCAACAAUACGUCAAUUCUCACUGGUGGCGGACUAGGAAGUGGCGCGAACGGCAUCAACGGUGGUAAUGGGCAUCCCCUAGGCACCGUUUUCCCCGCAAGCAACAUGAUCACAGUUCCGCCUCCUGCAUCGCAGCAGUUUCCUCCCGCUGGCGCCCCGGCUGAGAAUGGCCAGAACUGGGUCUAAGCAGUAAUACGAAAGCGUCUAGCAAGACGGACGAAAAGGGUGUACAUUAUAUGAUGAGAGAUGAGAUCACAUUGCGAAUGGCUUUCACUUAUCCAUCGGCAUGGGGAGUUUCCUUCCUCGGACGGACACGGACCUCGCUGGUCUCUUAAUACCUGCCAAAAACGGGACAGAGUUCCAUUAAACUGAUAAUUUGCUAAGAUAAAGAGAGAUCUUUUUCCUUAUUUUUUCUGAUCUGAUCUGGUAUCAUCGGUAACGAUCCUGGUACUGGGGAGCGGUUAUUUUUCUCUUUUUUUUUUAUCAGCGAAACGUGUUCCGGGCAACUAGGCGACGAAUCAAAAUAUGAGAAAGAGAGUUAUCGAGCUUUAAGCAGGAGGCGGAGGCACCAUGGAAGAUUAUUUCAAGAUUAUCUGCAAGGGUGCCUUCUGCUUUCUAACUUCUUUGUUGUACAAUACGUCUCUCAAGCUCGAUCUCGAAUAGGAAGAAAGGGGAGAGGUACGAUAGCGUUAGGACAGGUUGCCGUAGCAUAGAUCUUUCAAGGAUAAUAAUCGAAAGUUCCGUUCCAUUG